GUCAUCUCUCUUUUCAUAUUUUAGUUUAUUCACCAUGAUAUUACAAAAUAAACAUAUCUGAGUCUUUCUUUAUACCAAAGAUAUCAAGUCGUAAUUAUUUAUUAUCUUUCUAGCACACAUAAAUAAAGCGAAACAAUUACGUGAGUCAUUUGAUACAAGUUUUAUUGAUAACAUAACCUAUACGAAGCAAAUAAUCGGUUUAUUUUUAUUAAAAAUGGCUGCAGUUAUGAAUAGAACGAGUUUCGCCAGUUUUUGUGACGGAAAAGAGCCGACAUUUAUUUUUGAAGAUGAUUUGUGCGUCGCCUUCGACGAAACCCAAAGAAAUAAACAGGCUCCGGUACAUUUCCUGGUGGUGCCAAAAAAAGUGAUUCCGAGACUAGUUUCAGCUUCAUUGGAUGAUGAGAAAUUAUUAGGACAUUUGCUGAUCGUGGUGCGGCGUGUAGCCAAGUGGAAAAACCUACAUAAUUCCGGCUUCAGAGUGGUCAUUAACGAAGGGCCAAAUUCAUGUCAACUGGUCGAUCAGUUUUAUAUCCAAGUGCUUGGUGGGAGACAAAUGGGGUGGCCAUUUUCUUGAAUAAAGAUUUUAUUUUUAGUUA